AUGGAGAAGCUGAACACCGAGGAUGGACAACUCUUCAUCAAGAAUCUGGCUAGCUUCGUUCGUACACAUGAAAAAGCCCUCGCCAACGCUCUACAACUUCGGCGCCAGUCCAAUGCCGGAACCCCACAGCCGCCCCCUGCUGCGACCACCACCGGCGCCUUCUCCUCUACCUCAUCUUCAUUAGCUUCGGCCCUCUCCUUUGGGGCAUUGAGAUUCGCUUCUCAAAAUAUCAAACCCGCCAAGCUCACUCUCACCCCUCAUCACCUCUUCUACCUCCUAUCUCGUUUCGAAGAUCUAUCCAUUGCCGUGGGGCCUAUGAAUGUUCGGUUGGAGAAUAUCCAUACCGAGGUCUCCCAGUCCUAUGUCUCCUUCUUGAGUAAACCUCAGCGAUCCAAGGGUGGCGAUGGCGCUUCUAUCCACUCCGUAUCCAGUGUGCGUAGCGUUAUGUCUGGUAUGAGUGGCCUCUGGUCCUCAUUUGGCCUCGGCUCCAAGGACUCGGCCUCCAAGUCUGAACGGGCCAAGUUGGCUUUGGAAGGAGAUCUGAAAUACCUCUACUCUGCUUUCACCAAGAUUCCCUGUUUGCGAUUGGCCCCUGAUCACCGUGCUUGUUUGAUUCGUGGCUAUGAGGAGUUCCCCUUCGACACCGCGGUGCCGCUUCAUUCCUUCAAAAACUUGAGUGCUUUAGAGAUCAUUGAUAUAGAUUAUCGUUCUUUCUACGGCUGGGACCGACUGUCCGAGCAACUACGCACCCUGUCGAUCAAACGGGCUCAUCUGGAUGACCCGGCCGAUCUACUGACGCGAAUUGUGCUGGACGACAUGGACAAGCGUCGUCGACGUUCCGCCAAAACCCAGCAGUCCCCACCGCUUGGCUGGACCAACAGCACCCAACCUGUUCACGCAUCUGAUCAUACCUCCCUCUCUGCUCCCGGUUCCCCCAUCGCUGAUACGGCACUUGCAACCAGUACCAGCCCCAAGUCCGUCCCGAUGAUGCGAGCCGGGUCUGAGGGCGCAAAGGUCCACCGGGCUCGGACUGGAAGUAUCUCGCCGCAACGUCCGACAACAAAACACGGCCACCGUCGAGGUCAGUCGGCCCGUAUUCGACGCACCGGCUCGGGAAGCUCCAACUCCAGUGAUACCUCGGGUGGUGGCCGGGCUGGAAGCUCAGCGACAUUGUUGCCGGGCGUUCUCCCUGCUUCGAAAUGGCGCUUCCUGCGUCACCUUGGCCUUCCCGAAAACUCGUUGACUUCCAUUUCUGCCGAGAGCCUGGCCCCGGUGGCUACUACUCUGAAUUCUUUGGAUCUCUCGUCCAACCUUCUCACCGAAAUCCCAGACAGCCUCUCAUCCCUGAUGUCUCUUCGUGCCCUUAACCUGUCUCACUGCAUGAUCGAGUCUAUGCACUCGCUUUCCCGCAACCCUCUUCCGGCUAUCACCGCUCUAAACCUUCGUGGCAACCGUCUUCGUUCCUUGGCUGGAAUUGAGCGUCUGUUGUCUCUGGAGAGACUCGACCUUCGUGAUAAUAACCUAAUGGAUCCGACGGAAAUGGCACGCCUCACCAGUCUCCCUGAGAUACGGGAGAUUUGGGUGUCUGGCAACCCAUUUGUCAAGACCCAUUCCAACUACCGCGUUGUCAUCAUGAAUCUCUUCCGCCGCACUCCUGGCUAUGCGGAGGAUAUCAUAAUCGAUGGUCGUGGACCCGGGUACACUGAGCGAAAGCAACUUGUUGAUCGGGUUGCGGAGCCUGAAGCUGCUCCUGUGGUACGUUCCAGCGCAGCGGAUGAAGUGGCCGUGGUACAAAAACCUACUGCUGCGAUCAUCCAGGGAAAGGCACUGCCCAAGACCCCUAAUAACGAGACGGAGUCACCACCACCAGAAAAGGCUGUGGCACAGCAGGAGAUGGAUGGUACCAAUCGCCGAAAGAAAAUUCAACGGCGUCGAAUCGUGGAUCUGUCAACGGAUAACCCAUUUACUACGGAUGGCCUAGGUAGUCCGGGUCCCGCAGUUCCCCCAAUCUCUCCCACCCAGCAAAUGCAUGCACCGAUUCAGCCAUCUUUUGUCGUUCCGCAUGACCAGUGGAAGUUAGACAGUGUCGCACAGUCCGGAUCUUCCAGCAUCCUGGGUCUUCCGAAACAAGGGAAUUCCUCCAGCCCCCCUCCGCCUCCACUGCAAGCGACUGCAGCGGCACUUCCUCCCGCUCAAGACUGGGUUUUAGAUCAAGAGCUGUGUCGCCAGCAGCUGGAAGCUCUCCGACAGGAUGUGGGUCAAAAUUGGCUUACAGUUUUGGGGGACCACCCUUGGGACAGUCCUCAAAAGGAGAUUGCAGCCCAUCUGGCUCGACCUGGCUUGGAUCAUUCCCCACUCCCAACUACCCCCAUUCGGACAAAUAGCCACGCUAUUCUGAGCGCAGGCCAUACGUUGGGUGGAUAA